GUCGUUGAUGUCGCAGGCUCACACCCCUGGUCAGACUUGCUUGGUGGCUCAGAUGGUGAGCACCGCCCUGAACACAAACGAGAAGAAUUACUUAAACACAGCUGACUCAUACAAACUUAAAAUGGUGGUAACUAUGGAGACAGACGAGUGGUGGGAAUCAGAACAAGGAAACGUUAUAAUUUAAAACUAUCUGAAAGUCCAGUAUCAAAAUUAACAGAAUGGUGACAGAUUGCAUGUCUAGUUAGUAUCUUGUUUAGUAUGUGCAGGAAGAAAAGCACAUACCUUGUAGGAAAGCUUACUUUGACCAAGGAGAGCAACUUACAAAGUGCAAUCCUAUAGUUUUUUUAGAGUACCAGACUUGCCUUGUUUUGGUUUUGUACAGUAAAAACCCACCUUAAUGUUUUGAAAUGGAAAUUUGACGCCAUUCUUCUCAUUAAAUCCCGGGACCUUGUGUAUAUUUUUGACCUCCCAAUCCCACGCGCAGCAAUGGUAAACCCGCUGACUGAUCCUGCUAGAUUUGUGUUAGGACGAGUGGGAUCCUUAUCCAGGGCUCUACUGUGAGAUUUUAUAAGGGCUUUGAUAACUGACAGCUUGAAGUAUAAGAGACAUGUCCUAAAGAAAGCAAAGAAUUUUGACAAGACAUUUUGAGGUUACAGGUUUCACCUUUUUCAUUUGUUUUAUGGGUAUAGGAUCUAGUAUACUUGUUGGAUUUGAUGUUUUACAUGUCAAAAUAGUAACUUUUUUUUAAAUGUCUUUUCACCUUAGGCUUGAUGGAGCUGAAAGAGGAGAGUCAAAAACUGAAAGGAAUGAAAGAGAAAGAUCAGAAUGAGAAAUCUUUUUCAGUGGAAAGAUCUUACUCACAGACACAUGAAACAGAAAACAGAAACCUUCAGAUGAGAGUUCACACUGGAGAGAAGCCUUUCACCUGCCAACAGUGUGGAAAGAGUUUCAAUCGAAAACAAACUCUCAAUGCCCACUUGAAAAUCCACACUGGAGAGAAGCCUUUCACCUGCCAACAGUGUGGAAAGAGAUUCACACAGAAAAAAAACCUUAAAAUCCACAAACAAGUUCACACUAGAGAGACCUCUUUGACCUCCCAACAGUCUGGAAAGAGUUUCAAUCGAAAAGACAGCAUUAAAGUCCACGCUGGAGAGAAGCCAUUCAUAUGCCCUCAGUGUGGAAAGAGAUUCACACAGAAAAAAACCCUUAAAGUCCACUUGAACAUCCACACUGGAGAGAAGCCGUUCAUAUGCCCUCAGUGUGGAAAGAGAUUCGCACAGAAAAAAACCCUUAAAAUCCACAUACGAGUUCACACUGGAGAGAAGCCUUACACCUGCCAACAGUGUGGGCAGAGUUUCUCACUACAAGGAAAUCUUAAGAUGCACAUGAGAGUUCACACAGGAGAGAAGCCAUUCACAUGCUCUCACUGUGGGAAGAGUUUUAAACAUAAAAGAGACCUUAAUGCCCACAUGAGAAAUCACACAGGAGAGAGGGCAUACACUUGCAAAAUGUGUGGAAAGAGCUUAAGAGAUAAAUCAUACCUGAAUCUUCACAUGAGAAUUCAUACUGGAGAAAAGCCUUUCACCUGCCCUCAGUGUGGAAAGAGUUUUACGAUUAAAGGAAACCUUAAGAUGCACAUGAGAGUUCACACUGGAGAGAAGCCGUACAAGUGUCUGCAGUGUGAGAAGAGUUUCACAUAUCACUCAAACCUGAAACGGCAUUCUCACACUCAUUCUGUAAAGAAACCGCCCUUUUCCUCGGUGUGAGGAGGUUUAGAAAAAGUAGCAAUUUCAGCAAUCAUCUGUGCAUUCACUGGAGAAAGACAAUUCCAUAGUUAUUAGUGUAAUAAAAACAUCACACUUACAAAUACAUAUACAAGCAAAACUUCAAAUAAAUGCCAGUCCCAAAUAGAUGCCUGUCUUUCUUACAAACCUGGUGUGGAUAAAUAAAGGCCAGUCUCAAAUA